CUCCUUUUUACUUUGUAUCCGUUAAAACCUCUCUCUCGAUCGACGAAACAUUUCAACGCCCAAUAUUUCCUAACUGGAGAUUUUGUAAUAUUUUCGCUUAUCUCGCAGUUUCUCUUCCACAUUCCGGUCCCGGAGAUAAAUCUCGAGGCCCACGCAAUCUUCAACCCACCGGGCAAUGUCGGAUUCCGGCGAAGUCCAAGACCCCGAUGACUCUCUCCUCCACAAGCUCAGCUCCAAAACCUCAAUUUUCAGCCUCAAACUCUACGUCGUGCUCGGGAUUCUUCUGCUAUGUUCGGUUGUAGUUUUCCUUACGAUCUUUCUCUUCAUCUGUUUGAACAAAAAAUCUCGGAAGCGCAAAAUGCGUGUGAAGCAUAGCUCGCGGCUAAUACCGCUUGUCUCCAAGGAGAUCGUGGAGAUCAAGGCCUUGGAUCGUGGCGCCCGUGCUGGGAAAGCGGAGGUCAAGAUUGGAAAUGCAGAUUUGAAAGAGCCGAAGGUUGAGGUUCCGAUUGAAGGAGAGAAAAGGAGCGGAGAGAGUAAGGUCUCCGGUGGAAGCAGGAGUGACGUGUCGGUGGAGCCUGAGAACAUCGGAUGGGGCCGCUGGUACAGCUUGAACGAGCUGGAGAUAGCGACACGGGGAUUUGCUGUGGAGAACGUGAUCGGAGAGGGAGGUUAUGGUAUUGUUUACAGAGGAGUCUUGCAGGACGGAUCGGUGGUGGCCGUGAAGAACCUUCUCAAUAACAAGGGUCAGGCAGAGAAGGAGUUCAAGGUGGAAGUUGAAGCCAUAGGGAAAGUAAGGCACAAGAACUUGGUGGGUCUAAUCGGCUAUUGUGCUGAAGGUGCUCAGAGGAUGCUUGUGUACGAGUACAUUGAUAAUGGGAAUUUGGAGCAAUGGUUGCACGGUGAUGUUGGCCCUGUUAGCCCCCUUACCUGGGAUAUUCGAAUGAGGAUUGCCAUUGAGACAGCAAAAGGGCUAGCCUACUUGCACGAAGGAUUAGAACCCAAAGUUGUGCAUCGUGAUGUAAAAUCUAGUAACAUUCUUCUAGAUAAAAAAUGGAAACCCAAAGUGUCGGACUUUGGACUGGCCAAGCUCUUAGGUUCAGGGGCAAGCUAUGUGACUACUCGUGUGAUGGGGACCUUUGGAUACGUCUCUCCUGAGUAUGCAAGCACGGGUAUGCUUAAUGAGGGGAGCGAUGUGUAUAGUUUUGGGGUUUUACUCAUGGAGAUAAUUACAGGAAGAAGCCCCAUUGAUUAUUCAAGAUCGGCUGGAGAGAUGAAUUUGGUUGAUUGGUUUAAAGGGAUGGUAGCAAGUCGUCGUGGAGAAGAGCUUCUGGACCCCUUGAUUGAGGUUCACCCCCCUCCCAGAGCUUUAAAGCGGGCAUUGCUGGUUUGUCUCCGCUGCAUAGACUUGGAUAUCAAUAAGCGUCCAAAGAUGGGUCAAAUUGUUCAUAUGCUUGAAGCAGAUGACUUUCCUUUUCGUUCAGAGCUCCGAUCAGCUCGGGAGAAAGAUCCCGUCCCCUCCGUUGCAGAUAUGUCCACUAAAGUUGCACACACAUCCAAGAAUGGCGGGGGUGGUUACAUAGAGAGAUUGAGACACAGAUGAUCGAUCGCUCUCUACAUCAAACAUGGAACUCUGAUCAGCAAGGGAGAAAGACCAACCCCCCCUUCCUCUCCCGUGCAUCUAUGUCCGCUAAAACUGCGCAACCAUCCGAGAAUGGUGUUGGGGGUUAUGAUAUGAUAUAUAGAGAUAUCAAGAACGACAUUAUAUUUGUUUUUAUAUGACACGGUAGGGUCAGAUUAUCUUGUACCAUAAAUUUUCCAGUAAUUAAUAGCGAAUCAAAUACAUUUAAUGAUGUAUGGUUGAAUUUUAACUUCGAAACAAGCCCUGUAAAUAUUACGUGAUAUAUGUAAGUUUCAGUAGAAAAUUCAAAGAAAAUAGU